AUGUUUGACGUCCUUCUUCCGGAGGGAACCAACGAGGGCGACAGAAACAAGAAACAAAAAGGAAUGACGAACAGAGGCCGCGGGGUUGAAGUCUACCCAAGAAGUCAGGUCGACGACAAGGCGGCCAAUAAGCGAGUGGUAAGGCGGGUCAGUCUCGAAAUGAUGGCCCGUUGCAAUCUUGACAGGUUGAACGGUGUUCAGACGGGUCAUGUUAUGGAUCGGGAGGAUGAUGGCGGACAAACAGCCUGCGGCCAAUGCGUGGUUGGGUGCCGUGGCGGCCGGCAGCAAAAUGUACAGGAAAAAUGCAAAGCAGCCUACACUGUGUACCGCACCUUGGAUAGGACAGUCAAGAGAUUGACGUACAGUUGA